AUGGUUGCUUCUGGGUAUAGCUUGCUGCCAGAGAAGCCUACUGCUGAGCAGAGCACAGUGCAUCGAGAAGCGAAGAAGAAAGAUAUUCGAGAACUAUUCAUAAUCCAUCAAUGUGUGAAUCCAGCAAAUUUUGAGAAAAUUGUUGCGGCAAAGACCUCCAAGGAGGCUUGGGAUGUCUUGAACAAAAGCUACGAUGGUGUAGCUAAGUUGAAGAAGGUGAAGUUGCAGACGCUUAGAAGGCAGUAUGAAGCAUUGUGCAUGGAGAAAUCAGAAUCGAUUUCAAAGUUCUUCACGCGUCUUCAGACUCUCACGAAUCAGAUGAAGACGAAUAGCGAAGUCAUGACGGAUCAAACCCUUGUGGAGAAGGUGCUUCGAUCGUUGACAUCGAAGUUUGAUCAUAUUGUGACCACGAUUGAAGAAUCCAAGGAUCUUGAAGCGAUGAAGAUCGAUGAACUACAGGGUUCACUUGAGGCUCAUGAAAUGCGCAAAUUGUGGAAGGGUAAGGAUUCUGGGCAGUCAUCCAGUCAUGAAGAGGAUGGUGAUUCUAAGAGAAAGUGGGAUUCCAAAGAGAAAGGACAGAACAAAGAUAAUGUGAAGAAAGGAAAGAACAAGAAGCAAAAUGUUCAAUGCUAUGCCUGCAAGAAACUUGGCCAUUAUUCCUAUGAGUGUAAAAGCAAGAAGAAAGGAAGCAAGCCAAGUGGUGAUGAUCAAGCUUAUUCUGCUCAAGAUGAUGAUUCAGAUUCAGAGCAGGUACUUUUUGUUGUUCCUGCUAAUGAUGAUCAAAGUUGUUAUGCUAAAAACUCUAGGAUCUUGAGUGAUGAAGUGAUUAAUUCAGUAGUGAGUUCUCAUAAGAAUGAUGAUAGUACUUGGUACUUAGAUUCUGAAUGUUCUGCUCAUAUGACUGGUCAUAAAAACUGGUUUGUUGAUCUUGAUGAAAGCAAGACAAGUGGGGUGAGGUUUGCUGAUAAUAGUAUGAUCACAUAUGCUGGAAAGGGUAGAGUUUUGAUCAGGAAAAAGAAUGGCAAACAGGCUUUUAUCCUUGAUGUGUUGUUUGUACCUAGUUUAAAACAUAAUCUCAUAAGCCUAGGUCAACUCAUAGAGAAUGGUUAUUCUAUGAAAACUAAAGGGAAGAAGCUCAUGAUAUUUGAUCCAAAGAAGAGGUUGAUUUUACAAUCAGUUUUAUCAGCAAACAAGACAUUUCGUGUAGCACUAGACACUAGCAGAUCAUAG